AUGAGACAUAUUCGAUACGCCAUCAAAAGUAUUCUUCGGAAAAUUUUGAAAUUAUUUAAUAACAAUAAUUAAUGGAUAAAGAUCAACCAAAAUAAUUAAUAACAAUGUUAAUACCUGUACACACCGGUUCCGUUUUUUUUUUUUUUGCGAGAAGGCCAAAUAAAAGAUAUAUGGCCCCACGUAAGGUAAUCCAAGACAGUCUGAGAUAAUUCGUAAAGAAAAUACAAAUAAAAUUAAUGUUUAAUGAGUGUUUGGAAAUAAGAUGAAAAACUGCUCAUUUUUGCAUCCUUAAUUUCUCCUUCUAAAAUCCUUUUGUUUGAGAAGUAAUAUCAAGCAUUCGACAGUCUUUCAUCACCAGAUGAAACACCUCGAAGUUCGUCAAAAAUAUUCCGCUGCGCGUCGUAUUUUCACCUCUCUUCUCGGUGUUUAGCUGUGUUUCAUCUGGUGAUGAAAUACUGCGUCUUAUUCUUGAUAUUUUACUUCAACUAUAGUAGCCUUUCAUCAAUGCUUACUGAUUUGAAUUGGCCUUCACUGCAGUCAAGGCCCAGGAUAUGCGGUCUCGGCAUGUUUUAUAAAAUACAUUGAGGUCAAGUCAACAUCUUCCUUCCCUAUGACCUUAUCUCCAUGCCUGCAUAUGGCCGUACAAGGGCCAGUCACGACUUUAAGAUCAGACUCCCAUCCUCUUAAGUUGACGCUUACAAACGCUCUUUUUAUGUAAGAGCAAUCCCCGUAUGGAACGCGUUGUCAGCUGACGUUGUUAGUUCUUCAUCGUAUCCAGAAUUCAUCCCAAGAGUGUCUGCUAAUUCAACAUAAUAAUGUAAUUUACAUCGUUGGUUUUUCAUUUUUUCGGAUACCAUGUAAUUGAACGACCGCUGGCCGCUCCAUUGCCGGAUUAGCAUUAUUUGUAACGCUAGUGGUAAUUACCAUGAUUAAAGACUAAAGAUUACAGCAAGGAGCCCAAAAGUGUGACCGCUUUUAAUUUAUUCACUUUUUUUCGUGCAGGUUUAAUCCAGUCAGAAGCCAGCUGGAAACUGUCCUCGACUUCCGAUUGGUUAAUGUCUGCAUGAAAGAAUGUGAAUUAUUUAAAAGACGUCACACUUUUGGGUUCCUUGCUGUAAACUGACAAGGAAUCCGGAGUCCAUUACCUGGAAUCAAAUUAAUCUACAGCAUGGAAUCCAGAACACAAGACUGUUUUGGAUUACCUCUGAUACAUGGGGCGAAUCAUGGACCACAUCUCUCUGAGGACGCAAGAAGACUGAAGACGGGAAAGAAGUAGUGAUCAUACUUGCAAUGAUCAUGUGCAUCAUACAUGUGAAACACUGAUGGACUGUCUAGCAGAGUCACGCUAUGGACAACUGAAUAUCUUUUACGUUUGGUCAUUCCAGCGUCUGCGGAACUGACCAGAUGGCGGGACAAAGUUAAUGAGAUUGAUGAGGAAGUGCCAGAGAGAGAUGAGGUACGUAACUGUGACUGUUCAAGACGUCACAGCUCGCCUGGGCCGGACACAACUUAUUAUUAGGCGUUCCCUCUUGCCCCAGUGUCCACUCGAAGUCUUUGAAAGGGUGGGCAAGAGACCAAGUCUCGGAAAGGUCCUUCACGGUGACGUCACAGCCUAUGUAGAGUCCAGGAUUGACCGAGCCGAGAAUGGCUAGGGAAUGGGCUGAGCCGAACAUCCUUCAAGAAAGGAGCGACUUAAGGGCAUCUGGAUAUCAGAUAAAACACUAAAUGUUGUGCUUGAUACAACUUCUCAAUGAACAAUAAUUCUUGAAGAAAUUCAAAGCAAUAAAAGUUCGCAACAUUUUGUGGUAAUCAAUAUUUUCCAACCUCCGUUACGGUAAUGAUUUCCUUGUUUUUGUUUUGUUUCUUGAAUUAUUAAUGAGCUUAGGAAUACUCAACUGCUCAAUCAACCUCGUUCUUGUUCGACGGAGGAAGUCGAGUUUAAGGACUCUGGGAAAGAGAUCGUUAGACAGACCACUGCAAUAAUUCACACUUCACCCCAAGGCUUAGGGAAAUGAAACAAUAGGAAUCACCUUCAUGUUCAGUCAUGAAUAAAUAUAUAUCUUUUGUUUUAUUGCCCCAAAACUCUGAGCCUGUAAAGACCACGAACACUUGCAUUUUCAAUAAAACAGUUUUAUAAUUAAUACAAGGAUCAACUUCUUUUUCUUUAAGUGGUACAAUACAACAGAAGUGUCAUAUAUUUUUGCUUCUAUCGAGGUGCAAAAAUUUAUAUUGUCUUGUGUUUGCUGUGAGAUUUCUAACACAUCAGUAGCAGUGCUAUUUCACAUCAUGAUAUGGCGCUGAAAGACAAUUAAUUUUCUAUCACAACGCAGACGAUUACAAAAUCAUUCAGUCAUUGGCUUGAAGGCAAAUAAAACGUUGUAGAAUGGUUAACGAAGCCACGUAGAUUAGCUGCAGCUAAAAUCGAAAAUUAAAAUCCAGCUUGAUAUAACCCCGCACCACAUGCAAUUUACGACUAGUUACGCCACAGGUACCGCAAGUUGCGAACUGAGAAUCGUUGUUGCGUAACAGAAAUCAGAAAUAUUAUAAAGGUUGGUAAGGGGAUUUUAGCGAUAGUUAUUUAGGGGACUAAAAUAGAAAAUAAAAAAUACCUCAAAACUUCUUACCUUGCCUGCUUGUUUUAUUCAUGUAUGUUCCUAGCAUCUCUGGCCAUUUCAGCGCGAUUCUAGCGAGUUUUAGUUCUGCCGUUGUUCACCUGCUCUCUCUAUGCGGUGCUAAAACCAUACCAUGAAUAAAACAGGGAGGCAAGGUAAGAAUUUUUGGUAUAUUUUUAUUGCUAUUUUAGUGGCCUAAAUAAUGAUCGCUAAAAUCCCCAUACAAACCCAUAUAAUAGUUCUGUUACGUAACAACGAUUUUCUUUCGUGAGCUUGGGGUUACCUGUGAUCAUUUGCUACUUCCUCUGUUUUCUAUUACGUAACCCUUAUGCAGAGUUAAAACCUUUAAAUUUUAGGACGCGGACGAGAUUAAACUUAUAGUUUGUUCGCGUAUUCUCAAACAAAAUGUUCAUCCCGGAAAGCUUCACUGUUUUUUUUGUUUUGUUUUGUUUUUGUUUUUUCACCAGAAAGUUAACAAGAUUCGUUUUAUUAAAAGAGGUUAAGCUCUCUUCCGAUCGCAAACUGAUAAAGCUUCUAUUAUUUGCUUACUUAUCUCCGUCACUGCGACAUUCUCGCUAAAAAUCGUAGUAGAAUGACGACCGUCAUCAUUCGACCUAACGACAAGUCUACGCUUGACUUUUUGACACAUAACGAAAAAAAGGGAACAAAUUUCAAAAAGAGGGCUGCCCAUACGAGCAAAACCUCGUAGGUCCUUGUGGCUGAAAUUUUUGACAUUUGCUUCCGCAGGUAAUACCGACAAUGGAUGGUUUGGAAGGACUUCGUGCGUUCAAAGAAAAGAGAACACCGCAAUACACGGGAGAAUAAGAAAGCCAUUUCUUUAUUUAAUUUCAAAAAAUUAAUAAAGAAAUCGACUCACGAUACCGAAGCAUUCAGAAGUUUCCUAAAGCCAUGGGCUUUAAAAAUGGAUCUUAAUUGUUUUGAGAAAACAAAUUGCACCAACUCAAAGUGAAAUUUUUAAAACUAUUCUCAUUCGUAUAAAAGCCGCCGCGUGACGAUUUAAUCAACUAGAUUACUGCGUGCUCCCUCGGGAAGCAGUCUAUUGGUCCUUUACGGUCCCCAGGGAAAUUCCCUAGGCCUUUUAUACGCCCUAGCAAACAAAUUCACCGUCUUCUCGCAAGUCUACUCUUCAACGGGCAAGCAAGUUUCAUUCUUCCGCAACGCGACCAGCACCGCUGAAGCUCUUUCAUGGCUCUCGUCCCUUUUUAACCAGACCCAGCUGACGCAGUAGCUAUUGCUUCGACAGAACCUCAACCAGCACCAACACCAUCCACCUAAGUAUCAUGUUUUAAUUUCUCGCUUCCCCCUUUUCUUGUCAAUUUGUCACAUACGUGGCGUUUAUCUUUUUCACCAUUCUGUUCUGGAGUUUGUUUACGUUAGCGCUUUUAGGCGUCUGUGCGACGUACCAGGGGUAAGGCGAACCUUAUUUCAUUAUUGUCGCGUCUUUUUUGUCUGUUACAGUAGAACGAAAACGAGCCGGAACAUAUUUACGUUGGCGCUUCAUGGCGUCUGUGAAACGUAAAGGAGAAUCUCAACAGUGCAGUUCAGUGGAAUGUAUUUAAUUACGUUGGCGCCCUUCGGCGUCUGUGAAACGUAUAAUGAAGAGAAAGACAUUACGUUGACGCUUCUUAGCGUUUGUGAAACGUAAAGGAGGAUCCUAGCAGCUCUGUUCAGUGGCAUGUUUUUAAUCACUUACGUUGGCGCCUUUUGGCGUCUGUGAAACGUACAAUCAGGGGAUAGACAUUACGUUGACGCUUCUUAGCGUUUGUGAAACGUAAACGAAGAUCUCACCAACGCAGUUCGGUGGCAUGUUUUUAAUUUCGUUGGUGCCCUUUAACGUCUGUGAAACGUACAAUGACGAACAGACUUCUUUGGCUUUACUUCGCGACCGUCCAUCGUACAUUUGUCUACAGUCUUUGAUGCUUUAUGGCAUUUUACGUGUAUGUAUUGAAAGAUUUUAGAAUAAGGUGGCCAGUUGUUUAUUUUUCCCGUUCGUUUCCUACUCAUUGUAUUGUCAACAUUUUGUAUAAUUUCUGCACAUUGCAUUGUCAGCAUACUCCGUGCCCCCUCGCAGCUGUUCCCUUGAGACGUCUCACUUUUUAUAUUGUGUUUAUUCUUCUUCACCUAUUACACUUGUGAUCUUAGAGGUCACAUAGCAGAAAUUGAAGGUGACGUAACUCCUAGAUAUCAGUAACCACAUUCUCUUUACUCUAGCGUACAGCCUUUAUAAAUUUGCACGAGUUUUCUUGUAUAUUAUAUUUUUCUUUGGCUUUUGCUUCCUAUAUUUCCUUACCCCACAUUUGAGUCGUGCUCAGGGGGGGUUCCUAAACACACCCCUCAUCCAGUCUUCGGACGGUGUCCUGACUCGACUCAACUGUGGGGUUCCCUCCCAGCCUCCCUCUUUCGUAGGGUCUUUCCUUCUUUUUUUUAUCUCCCCCAUUCGGAUUUCUCUCACCGGGUUACACAUGCUGCAAGCCACCCUUCAGCUUUCCUUUAGCGUAUCCGGGAGGGAAAGCCCCACAGUUGGGCCGGGCCACUCCCCUCAAUUGAAUCCGUCACAUCUGGGAGGCAUUACGCCAACACUGCCCAUCUCUCUAAGGGAGUUUUUCUGGGUUUUUCUGAGUUUCGGGGAGAUUUGACUGUACUGCAAGUUAAUGAGGUAUUCUGCAAUAAUUUACCGUCUUUUGGAUGAGUCUAUAGCACCCCUGGUGUCGAGCAAAAUUUUUCACCCAUAACUUAUCUAUCAAAAGGCAUAAGGUGGCUUUUAUGCGAAUGCAAAUUAGUUACUAUUCUCAUUCGUAUAAAAGCCGCCGCGUGACGAUUUAAUCAACUAGAUUACUGCGUGCUCCCUCGGGAAGCAGUCUAUUGGUCCUUUACGGUCCCCAGGGAAAUUCCCUAGGCCUUUUAUAUGCCCUAGCAAACAAAUUCACCGUCUUCUCGCAAGUCUACUCUACAACGGGCAAGCAAGUUUCCCCACCCUCCUCCCCUUCAGCGGCGCAGGCAAAUUUUCUCUAUCAGCCCACCUUAUGCCUUAUGCAAAAUUUUUCACCCAUAACUUAUCUAUCAAAAGGCAUAAGGUGGCUUUUAUGCGAAUGCAAAUUAGUUACUAUUGGCGUCGCUGUUUUUAAAAGAAAGUAAUUAUACUUUCCAAACUGAAGACACCUAUUAAAAUGCUCACCAUUGGCUUGGCUAAUAAGUCGGUUUAUCCGAUUUAAGUCGACUCAUAAAUAGCAAGAUAAAGCAAAGAGACGUCUGUUUAUUUGCUCAGCGUGGCAAGACACGGUACCUCUUCGCUUGGCCAGCGAGUUGCGCGUGCAACCAACCCCCAACAUUAAUCCAGUCACAAUCAGUUUUAUUCCCAAGUUAUAUCGUGGAGUUAUUUACAUGUAUUAUAAGGGACAUAUUGACAAUGUACUCUAAGCUUACAUCUACUAGAAAGCUCGCAUUUCCUGAAAUCAAUUCCAUAAAAGAUGAAACAACCGAUUAUUGUGUACCAUGUUAUCUGCUAUAAUAUCCCUAGUAAGUCCUUUUAAAAUAUACUCGUUCGAUUGAAAACCCAUUUUACAAUUAGACUCUUUCUUCAUAAAUCGGUCGCCGAGGUUUGGAACUCAGCGUAAACAAUUACAAUACAACUGUUUGAUUGUGGCCUUCACGGCUUGCCUCACUUCUUUGAUCCUCCAACAAUACAGGAACGGGUUAAGAGAUGAGUUUAAGAAGACGAGAGUUGGAUAUACAAGAGACGCUAUGAAAGAAACCUCAAGGUUGGCAAGAACGUUAUUCAAAAGUAACAUCGCAUUUACAAUAACAAAUGGGAUAUAGCAUACAACUAGCGCCGACUGCACCAAACCUAUGCUGGUAACGGUUCUUUUAAACUGUGCUAUGCGCAACGCCGGAAUUCCCCCUCCAAUUGGUUGCCCAUGAUGGUGAACAUCGCAUUGCCCAGUAGGGUGCACAGUAGGGUGCACAGUAGCUUGAUGUAGACGCAGCUUGAUAAAUAUGAUGGUGUAAGAAAGAAGUGAGGUAACGAUACAAAGCAUUACCGAGACUGAAAUUGCUGUCAAGGCGAUGUUUGUAUCCCAGACCAAGAACAUGAAAAUGCCCGAAACAGGACUUAACCAAAAGCAGAAAACAACUGCACGAGCUCGCUUCAGUGUCACAACGUGCCUGUACCGUAGCUUCAACAAAAGGGCGAGAGUCUGUCCACACUUAGAGCAGUCGUUGUGAGCACGGAAACUCCAGAAAGACAAAUUGAUAACCCCCAAGUUAUAUCGUGGAGAAUAGAGAUGAUAUUCCAAAGGUUGAAGUUUAUCAGAAAGAUGAAGAUGGCAUAGAGUGGCUGCGAAAUGAGACCAACGCCAAGAUCAGUGAUCGCCAGGCAUUGAAACAACAGUUUCGUUGGUGAAUGAAGAGAAGUUACCUUGCGAAGAGCAAUCAGGAUCAGAAUGUUGCCCACCGAUGCCGUGAUGGAAAGAAGAAUAUUAAGAGAGCAAAAUAUGAUCACUGUCGCCAGAUUAAAUACCUCGGAAGAGAUAGCGUUUCUAUCUUCGGUUGAGUUUCCCAUCUAAAGGGCGCGACUGCCUUUCAGUUAUAUAUCCUGUACUCUCAUAAUAACAAAUAUUGGGCCAGUAGGCUAGAAAACCCUCCUUUAUGACUGUUCAGCCUUAAUUGCUGAUUAUUCAAAGUGAUAAUUCAAAGUGACAAUUAUACGUCAGACGCCAAAAUAUUGUUUUGGUAGCAGUACAAUACCAUAGACGUUUAAAAAAUUUACUUUUGCAUUUAUAGAAGUGCAAAAAUAGUUUUGUGUUUGCUACGAGAUUACAAAACAUCACACUAGCAGUAUUAUUUCACAUCAUGAUUUGGCGCUGACAAGACACUUAAUUUUUUAUCAUAAGGCGGACAGUUAAAAAAUCAUUCAGUAAUCGGCUUGAAGACAAUGGUUGUAUAAAACAUUUUAAUGAGAACAGUUAACGUAGCCACCGUGACAUAGAUUAACUUCAGCUGAAUGUUAAUCGAAAAUUUUACAUGUAAACUUCCAAAUUCAGAUGGAUGUGACCCAGCGCCGCAUACAAUUUACGACUACAUGUAGUUACAUUUGCAAAUUAAUCAUUUGCUACUUCUUUCGUUUCCUAUUAACCCUAAAAAAGCCCCUAAUAUCAAAAUUUAAAUUCUCAUUUCCUGCCCCGUUUUCCCUGAAGUAGUGGGGAGCAGUUGUUGAAGUAUCAGCACAUCAUAUCUUUUUUGAUCAUACCCUUAAUUCUUGUCACCAAUAUUGCAAGGAGAAAUGUGAUGCUGAUCACUCUUGAUGGGUUAAAAACGGAGGUGUUCUACCUUUGACAAGCAGAGUGACAAGCAAUGUCAGAGAAAAGUUAAUAUCAAGAUAAAAGUUAAUGUCAGAGAAAAGUUAAUAACAAAUUUAACCUUGACAGCACACAAGUUAUUGUAGCGUGGUAUGACAUACCGCUUCUUCACGGGCUUAUGACAUGGCGCCUUUCAUCUUAAAGCUGGAGCUCCCUAGGGAUAUAAUCUUCAUUUUCUUUUAAACGAGUAUAGUGAUCUAUCAUUUUGCUUCUCUUUUUUGGGAUGAGCAUUAAUUUUCUUUCUCUAGAAUAAACGUAGACUUCAAGCGAGACAGAUGGGGAAUACGAAGUUAAACUAAUCUUUUCGUUUAUUCGUUUUUCUGAGGCUUCUAGGGAGGACUGUAAUUUUUAUUUUGUGCUAACGGACACCAUUUGACUAAACAAAAUGUGAAAAAAAUACAGGAUAACGCAGGCCACCUUUAAACGACGAAUGUUUAUUGGAAAUGGACUUUUAAUAUAAUUGCAUUGACGUUCAGAGGUUUUCAAAUUAUUAAAAGUCCAAAUUUACCCCAGUUUGUAACAUGUUUCAAAACGUCAGCAAUAAGGUUACAUCAUGUGAGUUUUAGGACCUUUUUUCGAUCCUUAUAAUUAAGCAGUUCCUUGUUGCAUCUUUCAAGGCCAUCUGGACGCCGGUUUUGAACACCUCUAAGAAGAGGCGUUCGUGGAGGGAGAGAGUCCUUCAUCCGACGUCUUCCUCAUAAACGUAAACUCAUUCAAGAAAGCACGCCUUCCUGACUCCGCUCCCGUUCUCUUGGAAAAACGAAGUUAUAAUACACAAUGGAAGAGGCAGGAGAUUUCUCUCCCUACCUCAUCAUAAACGUCGUAGUCAAUUCUUUCUCAUGUUACACAGCAAUCAUGUUGAACAUUGUCUUAAUAUUCGCGCUGAGAAGGUCUUCAUCACUGCCAAAGACUCUAAAAGCAUUGAUCCUCAGCGUGGCUAUUUCUGAUCUUGGCAUUGGAUUAGCUGUCCAGCCUUUGUACAUCGCUCGCAUGAUUAUGAAAAUACAACAAACUGACGACCAGGAAACUUAUAACGGUAUAAAUAGAGCUCUGCGCCUCAUAGGAAGAACCCCUGGUUACGCUUCAUUCUUUGGUGUCACAACUAUCAGCGUUGACAGAUUCCUUGCUAUCCACCUUCACCUCAAACACCAGGAACUUCUCACCUACCAAGAAUUUGUGACAUACAAGCGUGUUGUAGCUGCAGUGAUCUUAAGCUGGCUUCUCAGUGCUUUCCUGGUUCUUACCGGUGUUUUCAGCGGUACAUAUGUUUGUAACCUUGCAGCGGUGACUGUGGCAUUGGUUUGUCUCCUUACCAUGGGUCUAAUCUAUUUCAAGAUUUACAUAGUCGUACGUCGCCACACCGUUCAAGUUCAUGCACAGCCAGCCCAAGCAGUGGCACCGAACGAAGAAAACCGAUCGAAUUUUGAAAGAGUGAGAAAAACAGCGGUUGGUACAUAUUACGUCUAUCUGUUGUUUUUGGCCUGCCAUUUGCCAAUCGCUAUUGUGCAUGUGAUCCUAGCCACACGGAUGAAUAAUGUGGGGGAACAUUUGUUAAUUUACGCUCGAACGCUGUUAUAUUUGAGUUCAUCCCUCGUUCCUCUGGUUUACUGCUGGAAGUUUAGACACAUCCGAUGCGCUAUCAAGACCAUUCUGCGCAACAUAUUCGCAAGUCAGAAUCAGAUUCAGGAAGGCUAAACCUACCGUCUAUCUGUUGUUUUUGGUCUGCCACUUGCCACUCGCUAUUGUGAUCCUGGUCAGACAGGUGAAUAAGAUGAGAGAACAUUUCUUAAUUUACGCUCGGACGCUGUUAUAUUUGAGUUCAUCCUUUUUUCCUGGGGUUUACUGCUGGAAGUUUAGACACAUCCGAUGCGCUACCAAGAACAUUCUGCGCAACAUAUUCGCAAGUCAGAAUCAUAUUCAAGAAGGCUAAAUUUUACUAACUUGAUUCAGCCUUUGAAAAAUGACAUGACCUUUCUAGUCUGUAUACGCAUCGUGCAGGAAGUUAUAACAGUUUUCCCGUGUCAUAUUUGAACGAUAGCCUAAACAUUUGUUUGUUUCCCGAUUUAUUCAUUGUUGAUGGCCUUAUUCGUCCUUUAUUACAUAUAAAAACGCCAAAAGUACUGUAACUUUUGCUAUUAGGUUUGUGUUAUAAAUUGCAGUUUUAUUUGGGUGACAAAAAAUUAGCAGAAGUUAGAACUUUAAUCUAAAAACGAUAGUAUGCAGACAACCUCGUAGACCUGUAGCCUAUAAAUUAAAAGUUCUUCGUUUUCUAUAAUUAUCAUAAUAUUAAUUUUAAAUUAGGAAUGAUGCACGAUUUGUUAUUAAGUAUUAUAAUGCAGGAAAGAUCAUGAGGACGGAGUGAUCAACGUCAUCAUCCUUAACCCUUUAAACCAAAGAAUCAAAAUUAAAAUUCUCCUUUGUCGCCCCUAUUCAUUUACUAUAGAAGUAGUGAGGAGAAGUUGAUAAAAUAUCAAGCAAAUGCAUUCUGUGUGAUCAUGUCCUAAAUUCUCAGCUCAAGGCGUCUGGAUAUCAGAAAAAACACUAAAUGUUGUGUUUAAUACAGCUUUUCAAUAAACAUUGAUUCAAAGCAAUAAAAGUUCGCAAAAUCUUAUGGUAAUUAAUUUUUUUCCAAACUUCGUUACGAAAAUGAUUCCCUGUUUUGUUUUCUUUUUAUGAAUUAUUAAUGAGCUUAGGCAUACUCAAUCAAGCACGUUCUCGUUCGACGGAGGAAGUCGAGUUUAAGGACUCUGGGAACGAGGUCGUUAGCCAGACCACUGCAAUAAUUCACACGUCACCCCAAGGCUUGGGGAAAUGAAACAAUAGGAAUCACCUUGAAGUUCAGUCAUGAAUAUAUGUAUAUCUUUUGUUUUAUUGCCCCAAAACUCUGAGCCUGUAAAUACCACGAACACUUGCAUUUCCAAUAAAACAGUUUUAUAAUUACCACAAGGAUCAAUUUCUUUUUCUUUUAGUGGUACAAUACAACAGAACAUUAAUUUAUUUUUGCUUCUAUCGAAGUGCAAAAAUUUAUAUUGUCUUGUGUUUGCUGUGAGAUUUCUAACACAUCAGUAGCAGUGCUAUUUCACAUCAUGAUAUGGCGCUGAAAAGACAAUUCAUUUUUUAUCACAAGGCAGACGAUUACAAAAUCAUUCAGUCAUUGGCUUGAAGGCAAAUAAAACAUUUUAGAAUGGUUAAUGAAGCCACGUAGAUUAGCUGCAGCUAAAAUCGAAAAUUACAAUCCAUCUUGAUAUAACCCCACACCACAUGCAAUUUACGGCUAGUUACGCCACAGGUACCCCAAGCUCCAGACUGAGAAUCGUUGUUGCGUAACAGAAAACAGAAAUAUUAUAAAGGUUGGUUAGGGGAUUUUAGCGAUAGUUAGCCAGGGCACUAAAAUAAAAAAUAAAAAUACCUCAAAACUUCUUACCUUGCCUGCUUGUUUUAUUCAUGGUAUGAUCCUAGCAUUUCUGGCUAUUUAAGCGCGAUUCUAGCGAGUUUUAGUUCUGCUCUCUCUAUGCGAUGCUACGAACAUACCAUGAAUAAAACAGGGAGGCAAGGCGAGACGUUUUGAUUUAUUUUCAUUUCUAUUUUCGUGUUCUAAAUAACAAUCGCUAAAAUCCCCAUACAAACCCAUAUAAUAGUUCUGUUACGUAACAACGAUUUUCUUUCUUGAGCUUGGGGUACCUGUGAUUAUUUGCUACUUCCUCCGUUUCCUAUUAACCCUAAAAAAGCCUCUACUAUCCAAAUUUCAAUCAUCAUUUGGUGCACCUGUACGCUUUCUCCUGAAGUAGUGGGGAGCAGUUGUUGAAGUACCAGCACGUUAUAUCAUACAUAUGAUCAUGCCCUUAAAUCUUUUCACCAAUCUGCUUUAAAAAGCAUCGAUAUUGGUGAUGCUGAGGUGUUAUACCUUUGACAAGCAGAAGGACGGGCAAAAUGUCAGAGAAAAAGUUCAUAUCAAAUUGAACCCUGAGUCGGCGCACAAGUUAUAUAAUUAUUGUAACGCGAUAUGACUUACCGCUUCUUUAAGAGCUAAUUACAUGGAAAUUGCUGAAUACUACAAAAAACGCAUUUACACAAACAAUACAUUAACCCACUGGAAGCCCUGCGAAUUAUUUGUUGCCUCAUAAUGAGUGUGACCUAGCAAAAAACAGGCGUGGAGCCGGAGGGUGUAACUUAAUAUUACAGAUUAGAAGCAUCUGUUGAAUUAGUUUAAUUUUUCCGAUGGAUUUAACCCGUUUUUUUUUUGUAAUUUUUAUUUAUUUAUUUCUUUUUCUCAAGCAUGAUAAAGCAUGUUUCAAGUACAAACAUUUCUGUUAUCUUAACAAAAGCUGAAUUUUUGCAAUCUACGUUCGCAUCAUUUGAUUCACUCGUCCUUCAUUAGUCUGGAUCACGAGACAUAGAACGGUUGAGUUUUUUCCUUAUUAUUACAUUGCACAUCCUUACUACUUAUAAUUACUGGCAUCAGAUGAUUAGACCGCGCACAUUAUCAAAACAUGGCGCCUUUUGCCUUGAGGCUGGCGCUCCCUAGAGAGAUAAAUCUUCAUUUUCUUUUAACCGAGUAUGGUGGUCUAUCAUUUUGUAAACUUCUCUUUUUUUAAGAUGAGCACUAAUCUUCUUUCUGUGGAAUAAACAUACACUUCUAGCAAGACUGUGGAGAAUAUGAAGUUUAACUAAUCUUCUUGUUUAUUCGUUUUUCUGAGGCUUCUAGGAAGGGCUUUAACUUCAGGGGCACCCAACGACGGUUCCCUCCCACAUACAUUGAAAACACUUUUUAGGCUAUCGACGGUACUUUUAGAUAUCUAGAAAUGCAUUCUAAGCGGUGCUAUAAAAUUUGUAUCUAGCGAAAGACAGAAAGAAAGCAAAUGACACCAACCCAAACUGAAAUUUUAAACACUAAUUUUCUUACAUAAAAAAAAAAAAGAAAGUAAGUAAGUAUGGUGCCUUACUAGGAGAAACUUGAAAUGCUCAGUCCAUCAUUAUGAUCAGCUCGGCUGGCAAUUAUUAAAGGUCGACUUAUGGAUUACAAGAAAAAAAAAUAUACAGACAUCUCGUUAAUUGCCCAGCUCGGCAAGACGUUGAAUUGAACUCCCCCGCGCGGUGAGGCCCGUGUCCCUAACCAAUGCGUGCGUGUGUUGUUGAUGAACACAGCCGGUGAUUAACCUUAGAACAGUUUUUCGCUAGACAGAAGAAUAACAAGGCGAAAAUAGUCGACCUCCAUAACUUUUUGAACUAUAAUCAAAGAAUGACGGAAUCUGGAGGUCUCUUUACAUCGCGCGCCGUGACCUGUAUCUUUAACGCCUUUUUGUCUUACACUGCCAUCAUGUUGAACAUUUUAACAAUUCUGGCGCUGAGAAAGACUUUUUCUUUGCCCAAGCCUUUAAAAACACUGCUUUUGAGUUUGGCCGUUUCUGAUCUUGGAAUCGGUUUGGUUGUCCAGCCUUUGCAUAUAUCACGUCUUGCCAUGGAGUUGCAAGCAGACACUGACAGCAACUCGUACCUUAAUAUUUGCAGCGCAAUACACAAAACAGGCGUUGUUUUCUUUUAUGCUUCUUUCCUUGGUGUUUCAGCCCUUACUGUGGACCGAUUCUUGGCGAUUCGUCUUCAUCUCCGAUACAAUGAACUUGUGACCCACAGGCGUGUCGUUGCUCUUGCGAUCCUGAUUUGGCUUUUCAGUGCUUUUACUUCGAUGGCGAGUGUCUGGAUUCCAAAAACUGUAAGAGUCGUCUUUGCUGUAGCUAUUGUUGCUCUUUGCUCCAUCGGUACAGUAUCUCUUUAUUACAAGAUUUGGUCAGUGGCGCGACGCCACAAAACUCAAAUCCAAACACUUCAAGCCGCACCCGUCAUCUCUCAACGUGGUAGAACAUCUGAUUCACAUUUCUUGAACUCGUCUUUGAAGGCUGCGCGAGUUUCAUUUUUGGUGAACCUAAUUUUUGUGGCUUGUUAUUUACCAAAUACCCUUGCAAUUGCUACGGCUGCAAAAGGUAGCAAUGAAAAAUCCGGGGUGGUAGAACAUUUGUCUCUCUAUACUUUGACAUUGUUGUUUCUCAAUUCUUCCCUCAAUCCUCUGAUUUACUGUUGGAAGAUGAGACAUAUUCGAUACGCCAUCAAAAGUAUUCUUCGGGAAAUUUUGAAACUCUUAAAUAAAAAUAAUUAA